AUGUCCGGAGGCUGGAAUACGAUCGAGUCAGACGCGGUUUGUGCGCCGCCUCCAACACCCACCCCUUCGAUCCUCCGCAUCGGCGUAUUCACAUAUCUGCUUAACAACCUCGGUGCCAAGGACGUGCAGUUCGAGGAGCUGAUCAGUCUCGAUGCGGACUCUCUCCGCCAGCUAAGCCCAAUCUAUGGUGUCAUAUUCCUGUUCAAGUACCCCACCGGUGAGACGCGUUCGGACACUCCCAAGGACGGCACUUUCGAUUACGAUGCUGCCGAAAACCUCUUCUUCGCCGCCCAGACCAUACAGAAUGCGUGCGGCACGCAAGCGCUGUUGUCAGUGCUGCUGAACAAGACGGAUGAGGUUGACAUUGGGCCGUCGUUGACCGAGUUCAAGGACUUCACGUCUGCAUUUCCUUCAGAUCUCCGAGGCGACGCCCUAUCAAACUCCGACCUUAUUCGCGAUGUACACAACUCCUUCGCUCGGUCCUCACCGUUCAUCGAUGAGACCCAGCGCGCGGCCACAGAAGAUGAUGACGUCUAUCACUUCAUCGCCUAUUCCUCAAUAAAUGGGACGCUAUACGAGCUUGAUGGCCUCCAACCGGCCCCCAUAUCCCACGGCCCAUGUACUCCCUCGUCUUUCCCUGAAGCGGUCAUCCCAGUCCUUCAGCGCCGAAUUGAGCGUUAUCCUGUCCACGAGAUCCGCUUCAACUUACUCGCCAUGGUCCGCGAUCUACGCAUUCGCGCACGAGAUAUCGGCGAUGCCGAAACACUUCAACAGGAAGAGCAGAAGCGCACUGCGUGGCAGUGGGAAAAUGCUCUACGGCGCCACAACUUCGUCGGCUUUGUGGGGGAGCUACUAAAGGGCGUUGUAGGGUCAAAGCUAGAAGAGGGGGAAGGUAAAUAUGAGGAAUGGAUUGAGGAGGGCAAGGCGAAAACCAAAAAGAGGGUCGAAGAGAGGUCGAAGAAAGGUGCAGGGGUGGAUGAAAUGGAUGUGUGA